AUGACAUCUACCGCUCUAUGUUUUCGUUACGAUGAACGACACGAAGUUCCCUACGUAAUAAGCGCUGAAAUCGUGUGCUCCUUUUGCAAUAAUAAAUAUUAUAGUCUCGUGGUUGUGACUCUGUUUUAUAAUGUGCCUUGCCAAAUUAUAGUGAGUCUUUGUCAUGAAAAUUGCAGCAGUUUUGUAAGAGCUAGUGUUUUAGUAAAAUAUUUGGAGUGCUGGAAUUCAUCGUUGUUCUCAGUACAAAAAGGAUAUUAUGGUUUGAAUGUGAUUAAAAUAAAAAUAAAAGUAGCCGCAGAGGAUAAAGAAACUGGUCGGCUCAAAAGCGAGGAUCGUGAUAUGGGGGAUCGGGGUGCGACGGGGGGCGCUUGGGGUGCGCGCGACGAUGCCUCGUGGUGGUCCGGAGGUUCGGGUGAAAUACAGCACCAACAACAGAUAAAUGAAGAAAUAGCGAGGAGUACUGCGGCUGCUACUCAUCAACUAUACACUUACAAAAUGACAAGUGGAUUUUCGAACAAUGGUGGAGAUAAUUCCGCGCCGAAUUUUGACUAUCGCCUAAUAACGAAUUCAAGUUCACGUGAAGAUUCACCUCAACAGCCAUGGUGGUAUGCUUCGGGAUCCGUUGAAAAUCAACAAACCUCUUCCCCAUCGUCUCAAAACCACCCAAGUCCUGAUUCUGAACAAAGCAACCAACCAACAAAUGCUGUACAACAAAACCAUCAAACUUUGCAACAACAACAGCAGCAACAGGCUCAAAAAGAGCAACAAAACCAGAUUCAACAACAACAGAAUCAAUUACAGCAGCAGUUAGAGCAGCAUCAGAACUUACAGCAGGCUAUACAGCAAGCUCAAAAUUUGCAACAAACAUUGCAUCAAAACCAACAGCAAACAUUGCAGCAAAUGCUACAGCAGCAGCAGUUGCAACAGCUACAACAGCAGCAACAACAACAAACACAAUCGCAACAGUCACAACAACAACAAAACAAAUUGGAGCAGUCAAAUAACCAGCCAAAUUUAAUUCAAGUGACACAGGCUCAGGCUCAAGCACUGGUUGCACAAGCGGCUUUGCAACAGCAAGUUGUUCAGACACUGCAACAGCAACAGCAAAGCCUACAGGAGCAUUUGCAAGCUGUACAACAACAGCAAAUUCAAGCCGCCCUGCAAAGACAGUCUGCGACAUUACAGGAAUUGCAGCAACAGCAAGCAUUAAUAUCUCAAAAUACACCAAAAGCUAGAAUGCCUAGAGCAAAGCCAUACAACAAGCCGCGGGGUAGAAUGACCGCAUAUGCAUUCUUUGUGCAGACUUGUCGUGAAGAACACAAGAAGAAGUACCCUGAUGAAAAUGUUGUAUUUGCUGCUUUCUCAAAGAAAUGUGCUGAACGGUGGAAUACAAUGUCCGAAAAGGAGAAGUUAAGAUUCCAUGAGAUGGCAGAGCAAGACAAAAAACGAUAUGAUCUCGAAAUGAAGAACUAUGUACCGCCGAAGGAUGUGAAAGUGCGCGGGCGCAAGCGACAACAGCCAAAGGAUCCAAAUGCACCUAAGAGAUCGCUAUCGGCCUUUUUCUGGUUCUGCAAUGAUGAGAGAUCAAAGGUGAAGGCCAACAACCCUGAAUAUACAAUGGGUGAUAUAGCGAAGGAACUCGGCCGGCGUUGGGCCGCUGCUGAUCCAGAAACCAAGACCAAGUAUGAGGGUCUCAGUGAAAAAGAUAAAGCUAGAUAUGAUCGGGAGAUGACAGCUUACAAAAAAAGUGCUCUAAUGAUGCAACAGCAUCAACAUAUUAUGGAAGUGGGCGAAGAGGACACCCCCGAUUUUGAUGCAGAGGAUGAGUACAAGUGA